AACUUCGGGAAUAUUUGGAAUAACUUUGCCGCCGUUUACCGUGUAGUGUUGCAGAACGACCCGAAUCAGCUGUUUUUCGCCAGAGGUGACAGCGCUUUUGUGUGAAUGGCUCGCAAUAUUCACACAAAUUGCAAACACAACAAGGCACGGAGAUUUAAACAAAUUAAUUGUAUAUAAAAACGCAAGCCUAGCGAUGCAGAACAUAGCGGACGAGAAGGGCGCGUCGCCCAGUCUCGCGGCAGGGGGCGUGGCCGCCGGUGGAGCAGCCGAGGGCGACGACGGCGGUGGAGGAGGCAACAACAACAGCAGCGGCGGUGGCGGCAUCAUUGUUUUGAGAGCUGCGCUGGGAGAGAACGAGACGAGAGCGGUAAUCAAUAAAUGGCGGGUUCGCGAGGGACAAUUCGUGUCGGCGGCCCAAAUCCUGUUUCUCUACCAGCCCGUUGGCGACGAUGGAAAGCCCGGAAAGGUGACUGGCGGCGGCGACUCUUCCAUCCAGAGGUACAAGUCCCAGCGCGCCGGGGUGGUGAAGAAGCGGCUCCGCAAGGACGGGGAGCUGCUGGCGAAGGGGGAUGCCAUUCUGGAGUUGUCCGAGUGCAUACACACCACGGUCAUCAAGGACAUGUGCGCGGACUGCGGAGCCGACUUGCGUCAGAACGAGAAUGGGCAAACAUCGGAGGCCUCGGUGCCCAUGGUGCACACCAUGCCCGAUCUUAAGGUCACCCAGAAGCUGGCCCAGAAACUCGGACACGACGACACCCGCCGCCUGCUGGCCGACAGGAAACUGGUUCUGCUCGUCGAUCUCGACCAAACGGUGAUCCAUACCACCAACGACACGGUGCCGGACAACAUCAAAGGCAUCUACCACUUCCAACUGUACGGCCCACAUUCCCCGUGGUACCACACGCGCCUGCGCCCCGGCACCGCCGAGUUCCUGGAGCGCAUGUCUCAGAUGUAUGAGCUGCAUAUCUGCACUUUUGGGGCGCGCAAUUACGCGCAUAUGAUUGCGCAGCUCCUGGAUCCAGAGGGCAAGUUCUUCUCGCACAGGAUUCUGUCCAGAGAUGAGUGCUUCAAUGCCACUAGCAAGACAGAUAACUUAAAAGCUCUGUUUCCCAAUGGCGAUUCCAUGGUGUGUAUUAUCGACGAUCGGGAGGAUGUGUGGAACAUGGCCUCCAAUUUGAUUCAAGUGAAGCCCUACCACUUUUUUCAGCACACGGGUGACAUCAAUGCACCGCCCGGAAUGUCCAAGAACGAGCUGGACGGUGAAGGUGUCGACUUUAAAGAGAUUACCGAGAAAAAAGAGGACAAGGAAAAAACGGAAUCCAGCGAUGUAAAACAAGAAGACACCGAUAAGGGCGACAAUACUGUCACAAGCACAAGUAAAGAUGAUGAGGGGAAUGAGGAAUCGGUGGACGUUUUCGAACUGGAGAGCGACACUAAGGAUGCAGAGAUUUCCAACUCCUCAACUGCAACAGAGGCACCCAAAGAGCCAAGCGACAAGUUAAAUGGCAAAACAGUUGCAGAGGAAAUUAUGGUCAUAGACGACAGUUCAUCUGGCUCACCGGAUGCUGAAAAGGCGGCCAGCGAUGGCGAAGACGUAGUUGUUAUUGAUGACAAUUCCAAGGAGAGCACAAAAGCCGAGGUGGAGGCCACACCGGCAGAGGAGAACGAGGUGGUGGCUUCAUCCACUAGCUCACCAGAGGAGAAGAGCCCGAAAGCCGACGAAGAUGUGGCCACUACUUCGAAGAUUACUCCCAACAUUCGGGUACCACUCGAGGGACAGAAGCAGAUCGAGAUCGAAGACCCCGACGACUACCUGCUGUAUCUGGAGGUCAUACUGCGAAACAUUCACAAGCGAUUUUAUGCCAUUUACGACGAGACUACGGAGAUACCCGACCUGAAGAUCAUUGUGCCGAAGAUUCGGUGCGAGGUGCUUCGCGGCAAGAACCUGGUGUUCUCCGGCCUGGUGCCCACGCAGAUGAAGCUGGAGCAGUCGCGGGCGUAUUUCAUCGCCAAGAGCCUGGGCGCCGAUGUGCAGCCGAACAUUGGCAAGGAGAUCACUCAUUUGGUUGCGGUCAACGCGGGCACCUAUAAGGUGAAUGCCGCCAAGAAGGAGGCCGCCAUCAAGGUGGUAAAUGCGAACUGGUUGUGGACCUGCGCCGAGCGCUGGGAGCACGUGGAAGAGAAGCUCUUCCCGCUGGAUCGCAAGGUGCGCAACAAAGGCCGCCAGCCACCCGCCCAUUGCCACAGUCCCGAGCACGUGGUCAACUAUAGCGAGCGGUCGGAGAUCUCACCAUCGAGCAGCAAGCAGCAGGAGGAGCAGAGUGGCAAUUUCCGCGAAACGCUCAAUCCGCUGCUGGUCUUCACCAACGCGGACAUCGAGUCGAUGAACAAGGACUACGAGAAUUUCUUCGAGUCAGACUCGUCCAGCGACGAGGGACCUGUAAAUUUUGAAAAUCCUCCAAUGGACAAGAAACUGUUAAAGCGAAAACGCGAGGAUGACAAUUCCAAUCGAGCCCAUGACUUCUUCACACGAAGCGAGGAUGUGAUGAUCGGAGCGCCAAACCUCUUGGAAUAUGAGAUAAGCUCGAACGAGGAGGGCGACGACAAUAACGAGGAUGCCGAUGCGGAUGACGACGAUGAGAUGCCCAGCGCUAAGUUUCGACGAGGAGAAGAGCUGCCGUCCGAUCUGGAGAUUGGCUCCGACUCGAACAGCGAGAAAGAUCCUGAGGACGAGGACGACGGCGAAUGGAACAUGAUGGGCGCCGCCCUGGAAAGGGAGUUCCUUGGCCUGGAAGAUUAGCUACCCAACUUUGACUUUGACAUUUAGAAAUUCUGCAACAUCCUUGAACACCAGACAGGGACAUAAGUCCCCGCAUUGGAGGGCCCGCUGCCCGGCCACCCAAGACAUUUCAGUUUCACUGUAGAGCAAGGAGCAACGCAAUUAUAUGGGUUUCGUGCUAGAGUGGAGCAUCCGGGUACGCUUAUGCUUAGGAUCUGUACUGUAUGUAUUAGCUGUUAAUAUGUACUUUUAAAGUAGCUUGUAAGAGAUUGCACAUCGACCGGCAUUGCGGGUCCUCCAAUCGAAGUGAAUUUUUAAAUCAAAAACUCUCAUUCUGAUCUAAUGUAAAUUGAAGCCUACUGUAAAUGUUUUAAAAAUAAAUUCCGUUUCAGCGGA